AUGUGGUCAAGCGCAGUGGUGGCUGUAUUCGCUGUCUCGCUCUACCAUGCGGCAGCCAAGAUAGGGAGUGAGCAGGACACAGAUGAAUCUGGUAACAUAGACAUAGAUGCAGACGACAGCAGCGAGCGGGUGGGAGCGGCGGUGACUCAGAUAGUGCAGCACCCGUAUGCAGCAUCCCUGCUCAAGAAUGACUCAUACGUCUGCAGCGCUACGGUGCUCAACAGCUACUGGCUGCUCACCUCGUCGAAAUGCUUCGACUCGGACGUUAUAUCCUCGUAUGUGACUCACAAGAACCUCGCAAAUUUCACUGUGAGGACUGGGAGCUCGUAUAACAACAAGGGAGGAUCCCUUUCCAAGAUAAAAAUGCUAAUAAACAACUUCGACAUGAAAGUGUCGGCGGUGAAGCUGGUGGAGAGUCUGGAGUUCGGUUCCCGCGUGGGGCCGGUGCGUCUCCCGGACACGGAGGAUGAGGUCAACCUGGGGUACUUGGCUCAGAUCAUCGCUUGGACGCCGAGUGGGCACAUCCGAGUGGUGAACACCCCCUUGAUCGAAGCUUCUCUCUGCGAACCGUAUACCAGAAUGCUGCCAGGCAACUACAUUUGCUCUGGAGGGGUGCAGGAUCCGAACAGGCACUUCUGUCGGAGAGACAACGGCGGCGCAGUAGUCCAAAACAACACGCUCGUCGGCAUCUCCACAUUCUUACACACUUGCGCCAUCUACACCAAAGUGCACGCGUUCCCCAAAGUGGCCAGUUUCUCCCGUUGGGUGGACUCCGUCAUUUGGGACGAAGAGAAUCGCCCCACCACCACUUCUUUCACCACAACUACCGUCAAACCGACUACUAACGCGACAGAAUUGCCUACUCAGAGUCAAACUUUCUUCGCUGAUCCCAGAAAGUACUAUGUAACUCUGCCGUUUGAGCCAAUAAAUGUGCCUUUAGAGCCAGCUGAGGAUAAUUCUGUGAUUCCUAGGAUGAGUUUGUAUGAGUCCUAUCUCCAGAGCAUGGCUCGGGCCAAAACAUCGACUACCCAAAGCCCGAAACAGAGGGAAAUGGAGAAGAGGGCGUGGUUGCGCCAAUUUGGACGAGGGAUGGUGGCGCCAUCUUACGCAAGGAAGUACGAUGCGUAUGAUUACAACUAA